CAGCGACUUUACACUGAUAGAAAGCGGAAUAGUAAAAUUAAAUAUAUUGCAUUCAGUUUAUUUGUAAUCCCAGAAGGCUUUGCCUAAGCUUUAUCGCAAUCUAGUGCUGUCAGAGCAUUUAUAAAUCGUCGGUUUUCACCCGAUUCCAAACAAACCGGAAGUCAAAAUAAACAUUUCGAGCAAAUAUUCGGAGGAACGAGCUGUGCAGCUGACUCAGUCCGAAGUGGCGGCUCUUCGGAAAUCGGCAACUGACCAGAACAGCUGAAUCAAUCGCCAGCUUGCGAUUAGUGGCUCUGAGACACCGACGCCUUGAGUCCGAUUUUAUUCGCUGCCGAUCGCCCUGCCAUGCAGAACAAACGGAGGCUCCUGCGGGAGUACAGAUCCUACGAUGAUCUCAGCGAGCACUUUCGCAUGUUUGGCUCCCAGUCACUGGACUCCUUACAGGACCGCGUGGACAUGAAUCCCAGUGGCAGCGAUGGAGUGUCCACCGAUGGACUCGACUACUACCCGAGCUGCUCGCAAUCCCAUUCGGGUUUGCUGAGGGAGCACAACUUCAAGGUCAAGUCCUACUACUACAACGUGGGUAACUGUGUGCACUGCAGAAAAAGAAUCCGGUUCGCCAUGGCCAGCCUGCGAUGUCGGGCGUGUCCGCUCCGUUGCCACAUUGCCUGCUGUCGCCAGCUGACGGUGAACUGCAUCCCCCAGCCGCAAGUGAGCACGAAGCGCGGCAAUCUCAGCGACUAUGCGCCGCGGGUGGCGCCCAUGGUGCCAGCCCUAAUUGUCCAUUGUGUCACGGAGAUCGAGGCGCGGGGACUGCAGCAGGAGGGGCUCUACCGGGUGUCCUCGACGCGGGAGAAGUGCAAGCGGCUGCGCCGGAAGCUGCUGCGUGGCACGUCCACGCCGCACUUGGGCAACAAGGACAUCCACACACUGUGCUGCUGUGUGAAGGAGUUCCUGCGGCAGCUGAUACACCCGCUGAUCCCCAUUUACCAUCGCAGGGACUUCGAGGAGGCCACGCGGCUGGUCGAUCCCCUGGCGGUCGAGAUGGCAGUCUAUCUCGUGGUGCUGGAGCUGCAGCAGGCUCACCGGGACACGCUGGCCUACCUGAUGCUCCACUGGCAAAAGGUGGCCCAAAGUCCGUCCGUCCGCAUGACAGUCGCCAAUCUGGCCGUGAUCUUUGCCCCCACUCUGUUCGGAGAUUUGGACCUGACCCUCGAAAACGUGGUUAUUUGGCAGCAGGUGCUGAAGGUGCUGCUUCUUAUGCCACCUGGAUUUUGGGGACAGUUCCUGGAGGUCCAUCCAGUCCCCACUCCUUUGGGCAGCUCCUACGAUUUCGAAGAGCGGUACAGUCAGCGACCCUGGGAUCACUCAUCCACUCUGGGAUGGACCUCCGUUAAGACCUACUUUAGGUCUAUGGUAAACCUAAGCAGCACCAACUUGUAGUGCAAAGCAGACGGCUGUUCAGAGAAGUUGACGCGUUUGUUUUGAUCAGAAGGGAGGAGUACCUGCUUGUGCUAUUUGUCGUCCAAGUAAUGAUUCACAACUGAUUAUAUUCAUUAUAGUUAUAGCGCUAAUAAAAGUAGAUUUCUAAGAA